UUCAGGUGAGCGGGUCAGGGGCGCCCCCAGGAGUCGAAGGCGGCACUCAAGUGUAUCGGGAGAAACGCGGCUGGCAGGAGCACUACCGCAGCAGCCCGCGGCAACCGGAGUCAGCUUCACUAGAACAUAUGCUCGGAUCGCUCCGGGCAGACAUGAGCCGCCAAGGAGUACAGACCCCGCAGAAGGGAUGCUGCAACGCUUGCGAGAAGCCCAUCGUCGGACAGGUCAUCACGGCGCUGGGCCGCACCUGGCACCCCGAGCACUUCACGUGCGCGCACUGCAACCAGGAGCUCGGCACGAGGAACUUCUUCGAGCGCGACGGCCGGCCCUACUGCGAGCCCGACUACCACAACCUGUUCUCGCCGAGAUGCGCCUACUGCAACGGACCUAUCCUCGAUAAAUGCGUGACGGCGCUGGAGAAGACCUGGCAUACAGAGCAUUUCUUCUGCGCUCAGUGUGGCCAGCAGUUCGGCGAAGAAGGCUUCCACGAAAGGGACGGCAAGCCGUACUGCCGCGCCGACUACUUCGACAUGUUCGCGCCGAAAUGUGGCGGCUGCAACAAACCCAUCAUGGAAAACUAUAUUUCCGCCCUCAAUACUCAGUGGCACCCAGACUGCUUCGUGUGCAAGGAUUGCUCGAACCCGGUAAAAGGUAAAACGUUUUAUGCCAUGGAAGGAAAGCCGGUAUGCCCAAAAUGCGUCGGAGUCGAUGAGGAAGAAUAAUGUAUGACAAAAUGCAAUGCCCCCAAAAUGGAUGCCCUCCCCAAUAUUUUUUUACAGCUAUGAUAGCCCAAAGGCUAAUACACACAGAUGAAUAUAAACAUGACACGAAACACAGAUGUUACUCUGACGCAACACGCACACACAAUGUAACAUAGUAUUAGUAUACGUAAUAGGGAAUAAUAUUAUAUUAUUGUAAUAUAUUUUUGUAUUAUUAUUGUAAUGUUAAGAU